AUGUAUGAUAUCGAACAUUUGAAAACUUAAUUCAAAUCAGAUAUCAUAAAAUCUUUUCAAGAAGAUAAUGACAAGUAAAAGAUUAAUUAAUAUUAAGAUCAUUGAAAGAUAUUAUAAAGGAGAAAGUAAAUUAAUUUUAUGUUAUCUUAAAUAAAGAGAAAUAUUUGAAGAAGACAGAUCAAAUAUAUAUAACUAUUUCUGAUUAAGUAAUAAAUUUGAUUGUUAUUAUUUAGUAAGAAGCUAUUAAUUAUAAAGAAAGGAAUUAUAAUUUUUGUUUACAAAUAGCAAAGUCCUCAGAGGUAAAAUAGUAGGAAUCAUAUACUUUCAGUUGGAAAAGAAACAUAUUUUAUUCAUUCAUAAUAUCCUUUGGAAUAUAUCCUAUCAUAAAUGUUUAAGUGGCAAAAAAAAGAUUAUAUUAUAUCAAAUCCUGGCUACACUCAAGAUUAAUUAUACUUUAAUACACUUUUGAGCUUUGUAGUUGCUAUCAUUUAGUAUAUUUCUAUUAAAAUUUCACUUUAAAGCUGGAAGAAUAUUAUGAAAUUCCUUUCUCGGCUUUCUACAUUCAAGAUCACAUCGCCAUAUAUCAUAAAGAAAUUAGGUAAGUGUAUUUCAAAGAUGUAUGAAUUGUUAAUGUUUCUUUUGUGUUAUAUCAUUCCCCUGAUUGAUUUAUACUUUAUAUUCAAUAGGUACUACAUAAGAAAAGUUUUGGAGAGCUUGAGGAUUAAAUGA